GGUUGUUGCCAAGACAUUCCUAAGACGCGCCAAAAGUCGCAACGCGAAUUCUCGAGGACACAGCCAUACGCACUCAUUGCCUCUCACUCACGCAUCCCCGGAACACAACUCUCAACGAUGGCAGACCAAGAAACCCAGCCCGAAGUCGCAGCCGAGUCUCCGAUCGAGUCACCGACCGAGCCACAGCGCGACAUCCCCAUAUCAGAAACCUUCGUCCCGCCCUCAAUCAUCAUUGCGAAGCUCCUCUGCAGCGAAUCCUACACCUACCACUCCCCGGUCCCGUCGCUAGUCCUCGCCGACUCGAGCGUUCCCUGCAUCCUCGGCGUGGACGAAGCCGGGCGCGGCCCUGUCCUCGGGCCCAUGGUAUACGCCGUCUCCUACAUGCCCAAGACGACCGCCGACAUCCUGAAAACGCACAAAUUCGACGACUCGAAGAAGCUCACUGCGGGGGUGCGCACAUCGCUACUCAGAGCCACAUGCACGCCGGGGACAGACCUGUUCGAAUCGAUGGGGUGGUCCGCGACGCUGAUGUCGCCACGGGACAUUUCUGCGGGAAUGCUCCGGGGCGCCGGAGCUUACAACCUCAAUGCGCAGGCGCACGACACGACGGCCGCGUUGAUUCGCGGCGUCAUUGACGCGGGUGUCAAUGUUGCCGAGAUCUACGUGGAUACCGUCGGCCCGCCCACUAGCUACCAGGCAAAGCUCGCGAAGCUGUUUCCCGGCGCGAGUGUCACGGUUAGUAAGAAGGCCGAUUCUAUAUACCCGAUUGUCUCGGCGGCGAGUGUGUGCGCAAAGGUCACGCGCGAUGCGGUGAUCGAGGUGUUUGUUGAGAAUGAGAGUGGUGAUGCGGCGGCGUUGGGUUCUGGGUACCCCGGUGAUGAGAAGACGAAGAAGUGGCUGCGCCAGACGAUAGACCCAGUGUUUGGGUGGGAUGGGAGGCUGGCAAGAUUUUCCUGGAGAACAGUGAGGGAUAUGUUGGAGGGAAAGACGGCAAUUGCGGCGACGGCGGAUUGGCCGGAUGAUGACGAUGAGGGCACGCAGAAAAUUACGGGAUUCUUUGGGGCUGGGGGGGAAGGCUCGGGAUUGGCGGGAUGGUAUGGGCGACCGGUCCAGGGUGACUUUUGAUGAUUUAUUUACAUUGCAUCGUGUAGAUGGCGUUUAUGGAGUCAGUUACAUGGGAUUAAUCAAUUGUAAUUAAACAAGAAGAGGGCGGAGUUGCUAUGUCCAC